AUGAAAAUCUUACUACCACCUUUCUUCAUCAUAUUCCUUCAGGUCUUAACCACCAUUUCCCACACAUGCAAAGCCUCUACAACCUUACCAAAAUUCUCAGCUAUGCUAGUCUUUGGUGAUUCAACGGUAGAUACUGGUAAUAACAACCAUGUUUUAACCCUUUUUCAGGCCAACCAUAACCCAUAUGGUCAAGAUUUUCCCGGCCAAAUUCCUACAGGGAGGUUUUCUGAUGGGAAACUCAUUCCUGACAUGAUAGCAAGCUUUCUAGGGAUCAAAGAGAGUGUUCCUCCCUUUCUAGAUCCAUAUAUAUCGAACGAUGAACUCCGAACCGGUGUUACUUUCGCAUCGGCUGGAUCCGGGUUCGACGAUCUGACUGCUGCUGCAGCUGGGGUCAUCCCAUUUUCGAAGCAGAUCCUGUACUUCAAAAGUUACAUAGAAAGGCUUAAAGGGUUUGCAGGGGAACUCGAGGCCAUGAAGAUAAUUAAUGGUGCUUUGGUCAUUAUCAGUGCAGGAACUAAUGACUUUGGUUUCAAUUUCUAUGAUAUACCCAUAAGGAGGCACCGGUUCACUAUUGGUGGAUACCAAGAUUUUCUACAGGAUAGGAUAAAAGACUUCGUUAAGGAACUUUACGAUCUAGGAUGCCGUACUAUGAUUAUAGGAGGCCUUCCUCCGGUUGGUUGUCUGCCCAUUCAGAUGACUGCAAAUUUUAAGAACCCGACGAAUAGAACAUGUGUGGAGCAACAGAAUUUAGAUGCACAAUCUUAUAAUCAGAAGCUCGCAAACCUCUUACCUAAAUUGCAGGAAUCACUUCCAGGGAGCAAAAUCAUCUACUCUGAUGCUUAUGAGCCGCUGAAUGACAUGAUCAACAAUCCACAAAAAUAUGGGUUUGUGGAAACGAAGAGAGGGUGCUGCGGAACGGGGUUUUUUGAAACCGGUGAAGCAUGUAAUCACAAAACUCCAAUGUGUGGAAACGCUUCCCAGUUCUUGUUUUGGGAUUGCAUUCAUCCAAGCCAAGCAGCAUACCAGCAUCUUGCUAAGAACCUAGAGGAGAAAAUCCUUCCCAUCCUUACACCAGAUCACAGCCGUUGA